AUGCCUUCUACCGCGUCCGCGGCCACCAUCCCAGCCCUCCUACCGCCCGUAGUCGCCUCUCUCAAGCGCAAAAUCCCCCCAGACGAUGUCGCGGACAGCCACCGUCCCACCAAGAUCAGGAUUACCCUGCGGCUGCCCCCCAGGACCCCUAUCCCAAAGAGACCCCGGCCGAUCGUCCCCGCCCAGUUCUACUCACAGCUCUCCCAGCACCCACUGGCGAGCUCGGAUGAGGAUAGCUCGAGCUCUGGCAACACAGAUUCCUCCCUAGUUGCCGACGACACUCCGAUCGCCAUCCCUUGCGCGCGCUCUGGACCCACCUUUUGCCUUAGCCGACCCUUUUACGAUACGUGUGAACCCCCGCCGGAUUCAGAGGAUGAGGACGAGGAUUUUCACAAUUCGAUGCUCCGACCAGAGCUAGAAGAGGACGAGGACCUUCAGCCCAAGGAAGAGGACUAUUUCGACAUCAAGGAGGAGGAGAUUGCAGACUUUGUCCUCGAUCUCGCUACUCCCGAGUCCCUUAUCGCCGCCCAGCAGCCCGCCGUCGUCGUCGCGGUCAAGGUAGAAGACGGCGUGGACGUCACCUGCCAGCCCAUGACAGCUCGUCCCGAGCUCGAGUGGUCUGCUCUCAAGCUCGACGAGAGCAUGUUCAACCCCCUGGUGGACAUGCUCGCCCGCACCGACAGCCCUGCUGCCUCUGCUGAGAUUGAAGAGACAGGCACCUCGAGUGUGUCUCCAGCGCCUGGUCCUGGUGGGCGUGGCGGCUCGAUCUCAGCCGAGAGCUCGCUAGCGCUUGCCGUCCCUCCCCCGACGCCGUGGAUCAAGACGGAGGAAGAGUCUGCCAUCCUGCUCGAGGACAAGCCCUCGUCGUCGAUCUCACCUCAUGGAGAAGACGUGAUUGAAGACGACCCUUUUCCUAUUGUCGACGAUCACUUUGCGCCUGUGCAGAGUCCAAUGGAUACCUUGCCCGUCCACCAGCCACCCUGGGAACACGGGUGGGCAGCGUCGUCUUCUAUCGGUGGCGGCCCUGAGAGUGUGACGACCGACGAGGUCGAUCUCUUUGAUUCGGAUCCGCCACAACGCGAUGGCAUCCAAGCCAGCACCUCUGCCCCGCAUUUCACCCCUCUCUCUCAGCCACAGCCCCGCGCGCGAAGACCGCUGCGUCUGUCGGUCAGUGGCCUCCAUCCGUUCCACGAUGGGAUCCGUGGCCAUCAAUUGUCCGGGUCUUCUGCUGCUAUGCGAGCCGGUCAUGCUCGUCGGCAUUCACAUGCGGCAGGUAUCACGACUUCGAACCACCGACGCAUGUCCAUCAUUUCGAACGCGUUCUCGGAUUGGGCGAGUGGAACCCCGGAAGAUUCCGAGGCGCCGCUCACCACACCGUCUCACACGGCCUGGCGACACUACCAGUGGCCUGGUGCGAAUGGGUCUAGUUCGACACUGGCUCAUGAGCGAAUUGAAGAAAAGAGUGUGGUGGAUGAAGAUGGAAGCCCGAUGGAGGAAGAACCCAAGGCUGACUUGCAACGACAGUCCCCACCUCACCAAGCUCAGAAGCAGCAGCACCAGUCUUCGUCCGCACCGCCCAAGGUCGAUAGUCCAUUGUCCCUAAAGGACGAGCUCGAUCAAUUGCUCACCUCUACCACGUUUAACCAAGUCACGAUCAGGGCUUUGCCUGCUGGCCAUCGCAUGUCGACCCUGGUCCUUCUCGGUAUGUUUGCCACGGUUCAAUUGAAAUUUGCCACUCUUCUGACUAUUACUAUAGGCAUUCCUGUCUUCCAGUAUAGCGUCGAAUAUCCGCCGAUCGAGUUGAUUCGACGGAUGGAUACCGACUUUAUCAACAUCUCUUCCCUCAUCAUUUAUGGUCGAUUU